AUGGUGCUGGACUUGGUGGCCCUGGGCCACGAUGCUGUGAAUUGGCUUUCGCAUUUGCCAACGGCAGGCCAGCUGAUGCACUCGAAGAUGAGCGUGGCAACGUCUGCGUUGGGCCGUGGGAUGGACAGCUCCUUAGCCGCGAAACUGGCAGCAGUACAUCAGGUACCCAACCUGGACACCGGCAUGGCAGCUGGUAGUUGUAAGGGCGCGCCAUCUGCGUGGGGACCUGCGAUGUGGAAAAGUUUGCAUUGCAUGGUGCACAACAUGCCCCAAACGUUGCCACCGGAUCAGCAGCGCAGCUUUCAGGACAUGAUGGACUCUUUGCCCAAUGUUUUGCCAUGCAACAGCUGCGGUGAGAACUUGCGUCAUCACUUGCACGCAGAUCCGCCCACCCCAUACCUCUCCAGUCGAGAUGAUUUGGAGAGAUGGCUGGUACGCUUGCACAACACAGUGAACGUGGCCACAGGUAAAGCAGCUGUUCCGGAACCCGAGGCAAUGGCCAACAUCAACAAGAUGUGCUGCGAUGGAGCAGCUCAGGCCGCUCCUGCUCCCGCCACGGGCGCCACCAUGGCAUCCAUGGAUCCCUGGGCUGCGCUGUGGAGGCCAUGUUGGGGUCCUCGGCAGAAGGUGGCCAAACCUCACAGCUGGCAAGAUUUCAUGUGA